AUGGCAUACUCCAAUCAAGUAAAACGCGGUGCAGCUUGUAGCAUCGCUACCCAGAUCGAAAACGGGCCUGAGGUCAACAACGCGUUGCUCGUUGCAAGCGCUAACGUGUCAAGCGUCAAGGUACAAGCAUUGAUGGCCAUCAAGAGCUCCACCGCCAAUGGCUCCAGUAUCAUCGCCAGCCCCAAAACCAAAAGUGUCAAAGAGAAAAACACGUCCAACGUGAAACCCCGCAACACCGUUUUUGACAACCACAAUGAUCAGAAAGACAGUGACAACGAAGAUGAAGAUGAUGCUGCUUCCACCGUCUCCACCAAUUCCGACAGCAGCAUCAUUUCAAAUGCAUCCUCCAACCCGGGCCUCGUCACUCAGCUCAAAAUGGGACUGCUAGCUGAGCAAGUUCGUCGCACCCUGAACGAAGUCGUAGCUGCAGAGAAGAGCGUUGCAGCCAUCGCUGGAUACGACUUUUUCAAUAUCGCUGGGGAUCUUGAGAAAACCACCACGCAGAUCCUGGCGUCAUACAUGACCAUGUGUAAGUUGUAUGAGCAACAGCAGGAUGACAGCGAUACAGAUGAUGACAGUGGACCUGAAAUGAGUGCGACUAUUCGCUCCGUUAUUGCGCGGUACCCGACUCUGAGAGGACGUUGUGGGCUUUAA